CGAAAAUAAAGGAGUAGUGUAGACAAAGGAACCAGGGGAAUACAAAACAAAAGCCCAGAUUCCUCUCCAAAGUCCAAACAGAUCUCCCUUUUUCCAUCUCUCCUGCUGUUGUUUUCUUUCUCUAGAGACCCCAUCUCUAGCUAGAAAGGGAAAGCAGGAGGAGGACAAGCAAAGCUACCGGCCGGCCAGACCCUAAAGAUUGACCUGAGAUUGCAUAAUAAGAGAAAUUUCCUGCAAGAUAUGGCUGUUGGAUCCUAGAGGUUCUGUUGUGUGCUCAAGCCAAACAACAUGAUGGGUGGAGGGGAAUUCAAGAGCUCCUUGCUGCAGCAGAUGGUGUGGAGUGGUGGUGGUACAGACAGCAAGAAUAUGAUGAAUAGCUUGAUGCCUUGUGCCGAGGAGCAAGAAGCCUCCAACAACAAGCAGAUACCUUCUUCCAUGCUCCUCUCCCAACACCUCCUUGAAAUCUCUUCCGGUCCGGCUCCUGAGGUGAACACCAGUACUGCAACUUCUCUAGCAAGCAGUGAUCUACAUGAUGGGCGGGAGAGCAACAUGCCGGAGUCAUGGAGCCAGCUGCUUCUUGGGGGAUUAGUUGGAGAUCAUGAGAGAUACAGCGCUGCCACAGCUCUGCUGUCAAAAGGACUAGAGGAGGGACCUAAUAAUAUGCCUCAUCAGGCUGCAGCAGCUUACAAUCUCUAUGGCCAUGGUGGUGGUGAGGAGAUCAUCCAGACAUCGUCGGGGACCAACAAAUCUCAGCAGGUGAGCCGGGCGAUGCUCUUGGCGUCCUCUCCUAGGUCAUGCAUCACCACAAGCCUCGGCAGCAACAUGCUAGACUUCUCAUCAAACAGUACAGUGCUGGCACCGGAGGUGAAGAAUCAUCAUUCUGAUAACUCUUCUGAGGGCAACAGCACUGCCAGUGGUUCAGCUCCAAAGAAGGCUAGGGUUCAAACCUCUUCUUCCGCACAAUCUACUCUAAAGGUAAGAAAGGAGAGGCUUGGGGAUAGGAUAACAGCGCUUCACCAGAUAGUGUCCCCAUUUGGCAAGACUGACACUGCCUCCGUACUACAGGAGACUAUUGGCUACAUUAGGUUCCUCCUGAGUCAUAUUGAGGCUCUCAGCUUCCCCUACUUGGGAGGCCAUGGCAACGGGAACUCCAUGGAACAACACACCGUAGCUAGCAUUCAGGAGGAGGUAAAUGGCGGCGGUGACGACGAGGGCUCCAAUAAGGAUUAUUUGAGGAGGAGAGGGCUGUGCCUGGUGCCAGUGUCGUGCACGUCGCACCUCGCCGGCGACGGUAGUGGCACCUCCGACUUCUGGGCGGUGGCCACGGCGCCACCACCUCCACCGCCGCUCGGCGGCAUCAUCUGGCGCUAGAGGACGACCAUGCAUAUAUGCAUCCGCAUCAUCGAUCAUCAUCAUAUAUAUAUAUAUAUAUAUUUGCUUUCUUUCUCCUGGUGAUUUUGGCCGCUGGGCCGGCCGGUUGCUACUUGCUAGCUUCAUCUCUAGCUACCAUGAGUUGCUAUUCUCACUAUGGAAUACAAUAAUAAUGGAGCUAGCUAGCGAGCAGCUAGCUACCGGCUAGCUGGCUGUAUGUAUCUAUACUAUACGGGUAGUAUAUACAUACGUUGAGAUCGAGAUAUAUGAUGAUGGAGCAUAUAUCAUCAUCAGGAGCUGUCAUUCUGUCGUCACAGCUAGCUGUAAGUGCUAGCUGCAGCUAGUAGGCUCAUUGCUCUUGAUGCAUAUGCAUUUAUAUAUCUUUAAUUUUUGAGCGAGAGAAUUCUAUUCUGUAUGUAUACAUAUAAUGUUUAUAUGUGUGGGCUAGCUAUUACACGACUGUC